AUGCCAGCGGGACACAGCAGGAGGGUGCAGCAGUACCUGCUGCUCUUGGCCCUGACCUGGGGUGCCAGCCUUGCCCCCUCGCCAGCCCAGGCUUUGCAGAGGAUCGCGCUGCGGAGGAUGCCCUCCAUCCGCCAGACGCUGCAGGAGAUGGGGGUGAAGGUGUGGGACGUGUUCCCGGAGCUGCGCCAGGGCAGGCGCCGAGGCGGGGCCGGUCCCAGGAACGGGACGGCUCCCACCCUCCUCACCAACUACCUGGACACCCAGUAUUUCGGCGAGAUCAGCAUCGGGACCCCCGCGCAGACCUUCAAGGUGGUGUUUGACACGGGCUCGGCCAACCUGUGGGUGCCGUCCUACAAGUGCUCCCCCCUCUACAGCGCCUGCGUCUCCCACAGCCGCUACGACUCCUCCAAGUCCCGGACCUACAUCUCCAACGGCACCGGCUUCGCCAUCCGCUACGGCAGCGGCAGCGUCAAGGGCUUCCUGAGCCAGGACAUCGUCAUGGUGUCAGACAUUCCCAUCAUCCAGGUGUUCGCCGAGGCCACGGCGCUUCCCGCCUUCCCCUUCAUCUUCGCCAGGUUCGACGGGGUGCUGGGGAUGGGCUUCCCCAGCCAGGCCAUCGACGGCAUCACCCCCGUCUUCGACAGGAUCCUGUCCCAGCAGAUCCUCAAGGAGGACGUGUUUUCCGUCUACUACAGCCGAGCCUCCAAGAAUGCUCCUCUGAAACCCGGGGGGGAGAUAAUCCUGGGAGGCAGCGACCCAGCCUAUUACACCGGGGACUUCCACUACCUGAACGUCAGCAAGAGCGGCUACUGGCAGAUCAGCAUGAAGGGGGUGUCCGUAGGGGCUGAAAUCCUGUUCUGCAAGGAAGGCUGCUCGGUGGCCGUGGACACGGGGGCCUCCUACAUCACUGGCCCCGCCGGGCCUGUGUCCGUGCUCAUGAAAGCCAUCGGGGCGGCCGAGAUGGCCGAGGGAGAGUACGUGGUGGACUGUGACCAGGUGCCUCAGCUGCCCAACAUCUCCUUCCACCUGGGGGGGAAGGUCUACGCGCUCAGUGGCUCAGCCUACGUCCUCCGGCAAUCCCAGUACGGGGAGGACAUCUGCGUGGUGGCUUUCUCAGGGCUGGACAUCCCACCCCCAGCUGGUCCCCUCUGGAUCCUGGGUGCCAGCUUCAUCGGGCACUACUACACCAAAUUCGACCGGCGCAACAACCGCAUCGGCUUCGCCACGGCCCGCUGAGCCCAGGGGGCUGGGAGAGGAGGGGGGGAACCAGCCUGGAGGCAGGAGAACCACCAGGAAGCAGCGACUGGGAGUGCAAAAGAGAACAGCAGUUCCCUUCCCGCUCAGCCACCUCCUCUCUCUUCACUGAAGCAACUGCAAACCUUCCCUUCUCCCACUCCCAAACCCCCGCGCUGCUUCCCGGGAGCCUCUGCUGCAAAGGGAGGGCUGAGCCCGGAGCACAUCAGCCUGGUGAGUGCUCAGUCUGGGAAUCCAAGCGGGAUCCUGCGGCCGGAGCUGCUCCUCCAGGGACUUUUAGGAUGAUGUGCAACAGCACAACCAGCACGCAGGGGAUCGCUGCUGGCGUGGAGGGGCCCGCAGGCUGAGCAGGGAUCAUCUGUUACCAGUUCCCUGUGAUUCUUUAAUUGGAAGGAAAAUAAUCUGUGUUUAAUGAUAGUUUUAGCUGGUGUUAACCCUACCC